AUGUUGACAUUUCGCACCAAUAUACUGCCGUAUGCUGAUAUAGAAAUCUUCAUCACGGACUUCCGAACAAGGUGCAUCCGAGCAAAUCAAAAGGGCGCCAGCAGCGCCACGGAUGGCCGCAACGCCGGUAGCGGCAUCGGCCCUAGCGACGCUUCCCGGAGCGCGCAGGGCGGCCCAGGCAGGCAUGCCGUACUUCCCGGACAGCGUACAGCGGCCUUCACUGUCGACACCCCUCUGGGCCCAUUCCGCUACGACCCAAGCACAUCACAACUGCCUGUGGUGGUGAUCGUCUUCAACCCCCGGGACCCCCUCCAGCGGGCCAUGUGGAGCGGCGGGUCCAUGCAGAUGUUCAUGCGUCAUGCGCCUCUCGCCGCCGUCGACUACCUUUUCCUGCCGUACACAUACAGCCCCGCCGCCGCCGCUGAACUGGCGUUUUACAUGUACGGGGAGAUGAUGGCAGCGGCACGCGAAGUGUACGGCAGCGACGAGACGACGGACGAGGAUCUACGCAAAAGAGUUUUGGGGCACUUCCACUUCUCCCUGACAGCCGCCACAGCAGUGAGCCCGCAGCUCCUGCUGCUGCUACAGCAGUGGACUCUCGACAUGAAAGUGCUGCACGCCAGGAGGACCCACACAGGGCCAUCACAACGACAUCCACCGCCGCCUUCCGCUGCUACUGCCACUGCUGCAAGCGCCACCCGCCGCGCUACAGCUGACGGUGCAGUGGCUGAAGCCACGGCAUCGGUGACGGCGGCGGAGGUGGAGGCGGAGGCGGCGGCUCCGAAGGCAGCACCGCCCGAGCCGGCGGCUGAAGACGGUCUGACGGUCGCUCGGUUGGAUGCAUGGUACGGCUGGCUCCCAAGUCCCGCCGCUGCCUCACCCAACCCGGUGCCGCUGGUCGCAUUUGAUGACGUCAGCGGCGGUGACGAGGCUGAAGCCGCGGGAGCUGUACAUUCACCCUGCGACCUGGGUGACGUCAUUGCAGCCUCCGGCGGCGGCGGCGGCCCUGUUGACGGCGGCGGUGGCGGUAGUACGAGCAGCAGCGGCAGCCGCUUCUCAGGUGCCUGGGUGCUGGUGUCGAAUGCAAGUCGGGAGGGCCAUCCGGAUUGCACGUACGGCGAUAUCGUACUGAAUAUGCAGCGGACAGGCGCGCUUGGCGUCAUCUUUGUUGCCAGCCCUGGCCGCGAUGUUGAGGUCAUCACGCCGACAGAGCCUGGCUUCGGGCCGGAGAUGCUGUACGGCAUCCCGUCGCCGUAUGACGAUGUAAGGCAGCAGUCAUACCUGCUUCGACGUCAUGGGGCUGAUGCUGACGCCGGCCGCGGCGGCGGCGGAGUGAAACCGGAGGUGGAUAACACACUGGCGCGAGGCCGGGGGCGGCGGGCUGGCAGCUCGGUUUCUUCGAAGGAGGAGGAGGAGGAGGAGGAGCAGCCGUGUAUUCCGGCGGCCAUGGUGUCGUACUCUGACGGUCAAGACUUGUUGGCUCUGAUGGGUAAUGCGACCCGAGAGGAGGUCAACACAGAGAUCGAGUUCCGAGUAAAACCGAUCCCCGCGGGCUGGUUCGUAAUCGACGCUCAAGGGAGGCUGGCGGAGGGGGGCUGGGCACAGCUGCCGCUGAUGAUGCACGCGGGGUGGGCCGCCUGGUGGCUGGUCUACCUGAGUCGCCUGAGCGAACAGCUCCAAGAGCUACGCCAACCCGCCGCUCACAGCCACGUCCUUAACGUCUUUAAAGACACGGCCUUCCCGGGGGCGCACGGCGCCACCGCCACAGCCCACCUGCCGCGCCACCUUCUCCGCCGCCUCCACCGCCACCGCCUUUUCCUGGACUUCUCCUUGGGUUGCCCCGGGCCCAUGGAUGCCAGCUGCCCUGCCUGGGACCACGUGGUACAGCUGUUCGCGUGCUGUAGUCCGCAGCCGGAGCGGUGCCGGCCCUGCCCCACAACGCUCUGGCGACCGAGGCCGCCAACGCAGGGGAAUGCCGCUGCUGCUGCUGCUGCGGUUGCGGCUGGGAUGGCUGCGACCGUGGCAAUGGAUGAUGGCAUCAUCCUUGAUGCGAUGGAGGCGCUUGAGGCGCCGCAGCGCUGUGGACUGGAGCUGGGGCGCGCAACUGCCGCGGCAACGUCAACAGCCAAGGCGGCCGUGGCAAGGCUGUCGUCGUCGCCGCCAAGGGCACAUGUAGCUGACCGCGGCCUGCGGCCAUUCGACGUGCACCUGCUAUUUGAAAGCGCCACCUUCGACGCAUCGUACAACAGGGACCGUGCGACAGUCACACUGCCUACGCCUAGCCGCACCCGUGCCGCGACCAUUGUGUCGUACAUCACGGGCCACGGAUCCGACGCCACUGCAGGCUGUGGGGUACUCAACUUCACGGAAGCGGGUACGGCAUGGGGCUGCGCUGAUGCCGUACUAUACGGCGGGGUGCCCAAUCAGCACGGCACAUGGUUCUACGGGCGCGGCGGCUGGUGUGAUGGUUCGCCCGCCAACAAUACAAUCCGGUACAAAGGUUUUUACGGAGAUCGCCAGGAGCCCGGAGAUCCGCCCGCGGGCUCCACGGCAGGGUACAUCAUGAUGCAGUCCCUGCUCGUACUGUACGAAUGA